AUGGGGUGCAACAUGUGUGUCGUCCAAAAACCGGAGGAGCAGUACCGGUUCAUGUUCCAGGUGCGUGGAAAGGAGCUGUCCCGUCUGUCCAGGGACCCCACCCUGGAGCUGAGAGACCCGGCUCUGGCUCACAUCCUGAGGAGAGGUCCUCGCAGACGGGCUGGUCUGGCGCCCGCCCCCAGGGUCCUGGGCCCUGUGACCAUGGGCAUGGCCGACUGUGUGGACAGCUGCACUCAGACAGACAUCAGCUUCCAGCACAUGAUGAGUGUGGGGCGGAGCCAGCACCCCUGUGGCGCCCCGCCCCCUCCACACCCCCCUCCAUCUCCGCCCCUCCCCCCUCUGCUGGACCCCUACCUGCUCAACGACCUGUUUGAGCCUGAGUACUAUGACCCCGCAGACUACCUCGACAUCACUCAGCAUGAAGUGGACCGGCCGGACGAUCUGGAGUAUGAGGAAGUGGAGUUGUAUAAGUCUCGACAGCAAGACAAACUGGGCCUGAUUGUGUGUUAUCGAACAGAUGAAGAGGAGGACCUGGGCAUUUAUGUGGGAGAGGUGAACCCCAACAGUAUUGCAGCAAUGGACGGACGUAUUCGCAAAGGAGAUCGAAUACUGCAGAUAAACGGAGUGGACAUCCAGGACCGUGAAGAAGCCGUGGCCAUCCUCACCAGAGAGGACAGCACCAAUAUCUCCCUGCUGCUCGCCCGCCCAGACGCAGAGAACGAUAACCAGUUGGACCAUGAGGACCUGGAGCCUCUGGACAAUUCCGCUAAUUUGCCUGCAGAGCAAAGCGUGAGGAGCAGUAAGCCGGGAGGCGCUGGAGAAGGCCCCGCAGGCGCCGGGACGCUCAGGGGACACACGGUCCUGGUGCAGACGGUGCUCUGUAACAGCCAGGAGCUGGACAGUGGCGUGGGGCGCACUGACGAGAGCACGCGCUACGAGGAGUCCUCUGAACACGACCUGUUAGGAGACGACCACACCAGCGCCCCCAACACCAACACCACCAACACUCCAGGAAGCAUGCGCAGGUUCUGCACACAGCGCGCAGACACGCCGCCGCUGCUGCACUCGCAGGAGCUGCAGUUCAGCACAGACUCUCUGCUGAUGCUCGAGGCUCUGGACCGAGGCUACGGAGCCGACCCCAUGAUGAGGACCAUGAUGAUGCCCGGCCUGACGGAGGAGGAGUGCGAGAGGUACAAGGAGCUGCUGGAGAUCAAGUGUUACUAUGAGAAGACCUUUAACGGGGAGGGGGGCACCGAGGAGGGGGGCGUCCCACUGGACGUCAACAGGAACGAAAGCCUCUCGCAGCAUGAACUGGCCCUGCUCGAAGAAGAGCUGCGCCACCUGGAGUUCAAGUGCCGCAACAUCCUGAGGGCGCAGAAGAUGCAGCAGUUGAGGGUGCGCUGCAUGAAGGCCUGGCCCCUGGAGGACAAGGCCCCUGGGCUGGGGGCCGCACGGCUGGACACUAGUGCCACUCUGUCUGACAUCAACGAGAUCCCAGAGAGAGACCGCUCUGACAAGGACAGUACAAGUGCCUACAACACUGGAGGAGAGAGCUGCCGCAGCACGCCUCUGGUCAGUGAGCAGUUUCCCGCCAACUCCACCCAGAGCCUUCAGGGGGGCGGAGAGGCCCCUGUGUCCCCGGACCCUCAGCUCCCACCUCUCACCUGGCAACACGCAGACAGAGACAACAACCUGUACUCUCCACAGUUCCACAGACGCGGAGCAGAGGCCAAGCCCUCCAGCCCGGCCUUUAAAGUGCGCUCUCUGUCCAGAGAGGGCAGGAGAGGCUCGGACGGAGCCGUGAAGCGCUCCAUCAAAACCAACGGCUCAUUUGAGAGGACAGGAGGCCGCAGCGCAGAGAACAGCCCCUACCUGUCCCGCAGGCAGACGGAGCCCCUGCCGCCUCAGCGCUUCCUGAGCUGUUCGCAGCUGAGGUCCCCUCCCACGUCCCCUCAGCUGGGACUGUCCCGAGAGGGCAGUGUGGGCAGUGGAGAGGCCAGCCCCAUGAGCCUGGGCAGCACCUGUAAGGAUGCCCUACACACAGCCAGCACGCUGCCCUUACCCCUGUCCCCACGCAUGGAGUGGAAGGUGAAGAUCCGCAGUGACGGCACACGUUACGUGGCCAAGCGGCCUGUGAGGGACCGUCUGCUGAAGGCUCGGGCCAUGAAGAUCAGCGAGGAGCGCAGCGGCAUGACCACCGACGAUGACGCCGUGAGCGAGAUGAAGAUGGGUCGCUACUGGAGCAAAGAGGAGCGCAAGAGACACCUGCUGAAGGCGCGUGAGCAGCGCCGACGCCGAGAGUUCAUGAUGCAGAGUCGUCUGGACUGUCUGCGAGAGCGAGAGCAGAGCACGGGGCCAGAGCUGCCCUCCUCCAUCCUGGAGCUGUGCCAUCGCAGGAGCACCAAGAAACGCAGCCGCAGGAUCCUGGACAACUGGUUCACCAUCCAGGAGCUGCUGUCUCACGGCACACGCUCUGAAGACGGGACCAAGGUCUACAACCCUCUGCUCUCCGUCACCACGGUGUAG